AUGGAUGCCACAAAUGUUCGAGACCAGAUUAUCGCGUCCUUGUUUCGAAAAGUGAACGCCGAUGGAAUCAUCGAAGAGACCUAUGUUAGCCACGUCAAAAUAUGGGAAGAAGUGACGCCUGUUCCAAAUGCGCCUGCACCUGACCCGGGAGCAAUGAAGCCACGAUACAUUUUGAUUGCUGUUAGUCAUACUGGCCAAGGCCUCAUCUACAAGGCGAAGAGGAAUCCAAGCGGUUCUUUUUCAAUUGGGAAGAAAUGGCUUCUCGCUGAUCUGAAAGCUAUUGAAGUAAUCAGCAAACGGGGUUUUAGUAUGACUAUCGCCAAAACAUAUAAAUGGAGCGCUGAAAAAGAAGACGAGAUGAUUAACUUCAUCAUAUCCACCUCCCAUCUAUGUUCAAGGCUUUAUCCGGGCAAAACUCUCGCAGUGGCAGGUAUUCAGGUCCCUCCGCGGACUCGCUCCUCCAACGACGGGAGGGCAACGCAACCGCAUCCCUCGACUUUACCUGCCGUGCCUGUGCGUCGCCCAACGAAUGAGGAUGAUGGUGGGAAGGCCCCUACUCCGACGCCUGGCCCUUCAUCUCUACGACGUCCUGCCCUGCAGCCCGGUUCGUCGAGUGAUCAAAGCUUAGCUUACGCACAACCUACUCGCGUGGGCUCACCCGGUCCAGUAUCAACUCAGGCGUCCGGCUCUCGAUCAAGAACACCUGUUAGCUCGAAUUUACGCGGAUCUGCGGCUACUUCCACUGCAACUCUAUCUCCACCAGCUUCCAUUAUCAGAACCAAAUCCACUGCCGACCUUGAUACAAAGCCUCCACCCGUCCCUUCGGCACUUAAGACUGUAUCAAACAACGGAUCUCAGCCUGGAACUACUCGACCCUCCUCCCCAUCGAUUAAACCAGACGGGACGGACGCUUUCAAAGAGCAACUAAAUAUAACUGCUCACCAUGCUCCUGCGCGUCGGUCAUCGCCUUCCCCUUCGAGAAGGCCUACCAAGCUUAACGAUAUCACAGAUGCUUCUUUGGAAUCACCGCCUAAAGCUACAGAUGGUGGAGCAUCAGGCAGCGAAUUACCUGAAAAAGCGAUGGAUCGACUCGUUGAAUCGUUGGAAGCUGACGGACUUAAUGGAAACAUACUGCCUCCUUUGGAUGACGAAUACGGUGCAGAAGGGACUAUGGCGAGUGUGGAAGAGAUGAUAGACGAGUUUGAGUGGAACACAAUUCACAUCAGCUCCGACGACGAUUCGUUCUCUGCCAGCAUGCGGGGCCGGAAGCGAGCAAGAGCUGCUGCUGAUCAAAUUGAGGCCAGAUUGCAAGAUGAGCUGAUGGCUCUUGAGAAGGCCAACACCUAUUCAUUCCUCGAAUCCGACGAUCGAAUACUUGUAGUCAUGAAGAUGAUCGAUGAUGCAGUACGAGUGUUAGAUGAUAUGAAUGGGCUGGUGUCUUCAUACAAAUCACAGCUGAAUUCUGUGAGUGAGGAUAUCAGCUAUAUUCAGUCGCGAGAUCGGGGACUGCAGGUACAAAACCAGAACCAGAAUGCUCUCCUCAAUGAGAUAAAUCAACUUCUCCAAACUGUCCAUGUUGACCGUGAUGCUCUGGUGGAGCUGAUCCACGGAUCUUUAGACUCUGAUGCCGGUAUCCAAAAGCUUGAAAUUGCAGCUGCCGAGCUUUACAAAGCUAUGCUUGCUGCGAGAGAGACAGACAUGGCCGCAACGAUAGAGAGACUUAGUGAAUAUGAGACCCAUAACAACCAGUUCACCACACGUCUUGUUGGAUUCUUGACGGUCAUGUUCACCGCUCAGGUUCGUUCUAUUCACUUGUCGUCCAACAGCAUUUAUGAGUUUUCCUGGAAAGAAUAUCCAACCCUACCCUCACACGAAAAGAUGGAAUUGUACAUUGGGCGGUACUCUGGACUCAUUCUCUACAUGCGGGAAAUGGACGAAACCAAGUACUCCAAGGUCUGUGCUACUUAUUACUCUGUCUCGAGUGAAAUGCACGGGAAAGAAAUGAAGGCACUCUUUCCUCCUACAUGGAUUUGUGCAAGAAAGCCUCUGAUGAAGGCGAAGAAAUCGGUGCGAUUGACUUUAAUCACCACAAACCUGUCUCGCAUGAACACGCAGCUCAAACGAGGGAAUACGUUGAUCAAAUCACCUUCCGAACCUCGCAAAGACAGAGAAAGGGGUCUCACUGUUUCGGAGGCAUUCGGUCGUGUUUUGGGUCAAAUCAUCCCUCACAUCUAUCGAGAGCAGAAUUUCAUUGCGGAUUUCCUGCAAAUUAAUGAUUCAUCCAUUACUUUUGCUGAUUAUAUGGGGCUGGAAAGCUAUUUUCGGCGGCAGGCAGCUCGAGCUUGGGGCUUGAAUCCAGCCACGGCGAGGCUUGCCCAGGGUGCCUUGGAUUUGAUAUUCGGCUUUGUACCUGAUGCCCUGAAACAGUGGACAGACGGAGCACUGGCUAAGGAUAACAUACAAAUCAUAGGAAUCAUGUCCAAUCUUGAACGAUUCGCUGUGGAUGCAGAAGAACGUGGCAACGCGUUUCUGCAAAAACUUCUGCAGAAGCAGUCACAGCGAUUGACAGCAGCAUUCAAUCAUUUAGUGGAUGACCAAAUUAAAGCCAUUGAACAAACUAAGCUUACUACCAAAAAACGGAAAGGGGUCGCCCACUUCAUCCGGUACUUCCCAAUCUUCCUGAACAAGGUCGAAACGCAACUAAUCGGCGCCGACACACUCGAGAUUCGGGGAAGCGUUGAUUCCGCGUAUGAUCAAAUCGUUCAGGCCAUGUUUGAGUCCCUUCAGCAUAUGGCAAAGCUGGACGGCGCAGAAUCUCAAUCCGCGGAAGAUAAAGGGAUGUUGAAUUAUCAUGUUAUCUUGAUCGAAAACAUGCAUUACUUCGUCGCCGAAAUUUCUCAGCAAGAGCUUGGUGCAGUGCAAGGUUUCCUCCGACGGGCGGAGGCGAUUUACGAUGAGAACUUAAGCGCUUAUGUCAAGCUUGUUCUGCGGAGAUCAAUGGGAAAGAUACUUGACUACUUUGAAGGUGUAGAGCGUCUGUUAACAACCACAGCUCCUUCGGAAGUGCACAAUCAUUCUAAUUACAGUAAGUCGGCGUUGAAACGGAUCCUGAAAGAGUACACAGCCAAGGAUAUCCGACGCCAUGUUGAGGCUUUACACAAACGUGUUGAGAAGCAUUUCUCAACCGCAGCAGAAACUAGUGCAGAGGCCGAGGGACAGAGCCUUGCCUCUGGCCCCGUCAUGGUCGGCGUGUGGAAGGCGUGCGAAGAAGAAAUGAUCCGGGACACAAACACGUUUCGACGAUUGAUCGAACAAUGUUACAAAAGUGAUGGGAUGUCCCUUGAGUACACUGUGUCCGACAUCGAACAGCACUUCGCUCAACGUCGAGCGCGCUAG